AAGAAGAAAAACCCUUUGGAUUUGUCUUGCGGCCGCACUCAGCACCAGUUCCUUCGAAAAACGGUGGCGGCGAUAGAGAAACCCUUGCACUUGCUUGCUCGUUAUCAGAGAUGGUGAGCCAACGGCAGCGACUCGCUCGGAAGCGGUUCAAAGCAGAGAACCCUGAACUCUUCCCCAAACCAGAACCCACACCCCCAAAAGACCCUGACAAGAAGAAGAAGAAGAAGAGAAAAACCACCCCGUUCAAGCGCACAAAGGAUGAUUCAAAGGGAGUCAAAAGCAAUUCCAGAAAACACCCUCUUCGUGUUCCCGGUAUGAGGCCCGGCGAGACCUGUUUCAUCUGCAAGGCUAGAGACCAUAUCGCCAAGCUCUGUCCUGAAAAAGCUGAAUGGGAAAAGAACAAGAUAUGUUUGCGGUGUCGGCGACGUGGUCAUAGAGCUCAGAACUGUCCUGAGGUGAAAGAUGGCCCCAAGGAUGGGAAAUUCUGCUAUAACUGUGGGGAAACUGGGCACCCGCUUUCGAAUUGUCCGCAGCCUCUUCAAGAAGGAGGGACAAAGUUUGCUGAAUGCUUUGUCUGUAAACAACGUGGACACUUGAGUAAAAACUGCCCUCAAAAUGCUCAUGGCAUUUACCCAAAGGGUGGUUCUUGUAAAAUAUGUGGUGGUGUGACACAUUUGGCCAAGGAUUGUCCUGACAAAGGGAACAGAGGAUCUGUUGCUGCUAAUAGGCCUCUUCGUAUAUCAUCGAGAACUGAAGAGAGGCCCAGUAGUCAUACCAGAUUUGUGAGCGGGGAUGACAUGGAGGACGACUUCAUGGCAGAUGACAUAAAUAGUGGUGACAAGAACACGUCCUCAAACUCAAAAGAUGGCCAUGUAAAACCGAAGAAGGGUCCUAAAGUUGUUAACUUUUAACCAAGGAUAUUACCUGUCAAUGCAUUUAAUGGAUUUGAUUUCUACUCUCCAUUUGCUUUCUUCUUCUAUACUUAAGCCUGUACUCUGCAGAAUCUCAUCCAGAAUGAAGGCUGCAUCUGCAAAUCUUGGGUUGCCUUGAAGUUUGGAGAGUUGGCUUGAAAAUUUUGCUCCUUAUUGGUCAUUUAUCCUAGAGUUCUCUAAAAAAGGAAACUAAAAAUGUAACAAUAUAUUCUUGGGUACAUUUACUAGGUCACUGUAUUUGCUUUUUAGUCUUUUUAUUUACUUAUUAAGGUUCAUUUUGUUGCAUUAUUUCUAAAUACUUUAUCUUUGAAAAAGGUUGAUGUUAUAUGAACAACCUUUAGAUGCAAAAACUCACAGUUGUCAAAUUUCACCCUUUAAUGAUUGAUUUUAAUUUUUUAA